UCAGAGGCCUUGACAUAAAAAUCAUAGCUCCUACCCAUUUCUGCUUGCUGACACAGACUUUCUAGUGGCAGGCAAAAUGGCUUUUCAUUCUGUAUUUCUGGUUUUAUUAGCUGGCCUGGCACUUUGCUCCGAAGCUGCGCCAUUGGACCCUCUUGACGCCAAGCAUCCUCUUUUCGUAAAAGUUGUGGAUUCAGUCCGAGGAAGUCCAGCUCCAAAUGUUCCAGUUAAGUUAUAUAAAGAAGCAGCAGAUGGAUCUUGGGAACUGUUAAAUUCAAAACAAACCAAUGACAGAGGAGUGCUCCCAGAGCUUACAACUAAAGAACAAUUUGUAGCAGGGAUAUACAAGCUUGAGCUUGAUACAGCCUCUUACUGGAAGAGUAUGGGUUUGAAUCCCUUCUACCGUCAUGCUGAUGUGGUUUUCACAGCUAAUGAUGUUGUUAAUCGGCAUCACACCAUUGCUGUCGUCCUUAGUCCCUUCUCUUACUCAACUACAGCAGUAGUUAGUGAGCCAGUGGAAUAGAAGCUGACAUUAAGCAUGAAAAUUCGGUUGUGUAAAUUAAAAUUUCCAUAAAUGAUAAGAACUUAGUAUCUGACUGUAUCAACAGCUUUAGAUUUCAUAGUAAAUUGUUGCAGAUAAGAAAACCUUAUAAAAGGAAGGCCUUGUAAAAUCAUGGCCCACUUCUGCUACUUUGGCUAACUAGAAAAGGAUUCUGGGUAGUGACUUAGCUGAAAUAGAGGAGGAAAACAAGUUACAUAACCAUAGAAAACAACUUAUAUAACCCUCACAUGUUUACAUCGUGGCUUAUGGUCGUUGGUUGAGCUAUGGUUGUUGUGCUUUAGUGGAAUGUUACUGAUAAAAGCCUAAUUGCUUAGAAAGGCCUGUUUUUUUGGAAUAAACGAGCUCCCUUUUGCACCUGCCUGAGGACUCUGCGUCGCUUCUUACUGCAACAGUAAAUCACUAAGUUUUUUAUUCACUUUGUUAACUUCAGAAAGAACAUGUAUUGACUUUGUUUUCAAAUACUCUUCCUAAUAAAAGUAUUCUGCAUUUCUGUAUUGUCA